UGUGCAGUUGUGGUUUACGCUGACGCCAGCGUUGCUUUUCGUGAUGGAAAAUGCUUCAAGAAGUUGCUGAUGCAAUUGGAAAAAAAGCGUCGUAUGUGAUCAGUUGAAAAUGGAUCUAAUUCGUUCCGCUUUUAGAGAACCUCAGUGUGCAAUCACGGGAUCAGCUGUGUACAAGUGUCCUCGUGCCGCUUGCAGCGGAUUUGCCUUUCCACCGCUCAUGCAAUGCACCCUGUGUCGAUGUUUAAUAGAUACAGAGAGUUGUGUCGGGCCCCCUCCGUCCAAACUUCCUAAGCUCUCGUCAUCUCAUGUCAAGUCCCCAGUUCUGAUUUUGAGCGUGGGGAAAUCGGGGAUUUUUGAUGCUCGGCAUACCCCGUGUGUGAUUACUGCGUCCCAUCUCUCGUGUAGUGUAAAAGUUGAAGGUUUGUCGAAACUGUUCUGUAUUCAGUCUUUAGGAACUUGGUGCCCUGUCAACGUUCGCCCUUCCGAAGUGCAAGUUAUGGUUUUCUGCGAGGAGCUACAGGUCGUUUUCUUGAAGCCCCGCGACAAUCUGAAGCUUUCGCUCGUCGAGACACUCAAGUUGGACAGUUCUCGGAUUCCGGAUCAGAACUUCAUGAAAUGGGUCAUUCUUGUCCUGGGACAACACAUGACCAAUUCUCCAUGUGAUAAUGUAUCGGUGCAACAAAUGGAACUAUUCGCCUCUACCAUUCGCGAAAAUGAUGGAUUUUGUAAAAUGGACUGCAGCCUUUUGGAGGCUAGGAAGCUUCUAUUAGAUUGUGGUUUACGGCUUCCUCGUGCCGAAGCACGCAUGCAACGAAACACGUGCGCUGCGGGUAAUAUUUCUCGGGAACAGUUGUACUCCGACACUCCGCCUCAAUCCACCAUCGGAGACGUCUUGACACAAGUGACCAGCUCGCAGUCGCAGUCCACUUCAAACCUGCCAUCUAGAACAGAAGGUGGUCUCCUAACGAAUGUACUCAACACACUUUCUUCAACCGGGAUGUACCUUUUGGGUCAGCCUUCAUGCCCCUCCAAUAACGUUGCGGACGGACUCCAAUCUACUCAGAACGCCGUGGAUGAGGAUAAUGAUGAUUUGAUCAUCCUUUCCGAAGAGAGUGCUGACUGCAGCCGAACCUCUUCUCCACCCAUCCUCAGUUCAGCCGCUGGACCCAAACCCAAUUCCUCAACAGCGCCCCAGACGCAGUCAUUUAAAUUUGACUAUAAACCGCCCGGAUCUACGGACAGUGUUACACUAACACAGGCGGAUUUCGACUGUCUCGCUCCGGGAGGCUUGCUGAAUGAUGCUAUCAUCAAUUUCUAUUUGAAGUACUUGUAUUUCGAACAGCUGACGGAUGUGCAACGCCAGGCCACCUAUUUGUUCAACUGCUUUUUCUAUAGCAGGCUUGCUGGAGUGUCACCUACACCGGUGGUCAAUAAUUGCCGACCCCCUACUGCAAAUCCACCCACGGCGAAUGUGACUACCGGGCAGAAUAACGCUUCUGGUUUUGUUGGGCAUAUACCCGAAUCCAGCAAGGCGCGUCAUGCGAAUGUCGCCAAGUGGACGCGUCGGGUCGAUUUAUUUUGCAAAGACUAUAUUAUCAUUCCAAUAAAUGAGGCAAUUGGCCUACAUCAUGCUUCCUCUUUUCAGUUCGUUUGUCUGAACGAUGAUUCCCCCAUUUUACGGGAAAACUCACUUAGGGGGUUAGAGCGCCAGUUUACUGACCGGAAUGUCCGUGGUUCGAACCUGACCUCUGCCCCUCGACUUCCCCUGCCUAGGCUUGGGAAACCUGGCAGUAUCCCAGCUCUCACGCUACCUUCUGGUAGCAUGGCAGUUAGGCACCGAAAGGAUGCUACAGCUAACAAAUUAAUUUUUUUUUUGGGGGGGGGGAAUUCCCACUGGUUUCUCGGCUUGGUUUGUUAUCCGUGGAUGGCCGGAAUGGUCAGUUACACAGCGCUGUAUCGAGCGGCUGCCUUUGAUCUGUGCCAACUCACCAAUGAAUUUCUCGAUGUGGAUCUCAUCAAAUUCCCGAACGACGUUGAUGACAAGACAAUCAGCCAGGAACCAAUUGAACGGCGGUCAGAUGAUCCUAAGGGUGUUGCGUUUGAUCGCUGGAGGCGACGUCGAUUGGCUUGGCUUCGUUCGCGUGGUAUCAAUGCUAUGCCCUGCAUCCUCUUGUUUGAUUCCCUUCCUUGUCAAACGAGGGUUGAAUGGGAUUCACGAAGAUCGGAACAAGACGGACCCCUGCAUUUCGAUAAGGACACGAUUCGUGGUUUCAGUCCGCGAGUACCAAGCCAGAGUAAUCUCGUGGAUUGCGGAAUCUAUUUGUUACAUUAUGUCGAGAUGUUUUUCAAGCAACCAGUGCAAAGCUACACAAAAGAUUACUUUCAAAAUGAGAUGUCCAGUUGGUUUUCCGACGAUACUGUAGGCCAAAAACGCGCGGACAUACGGACUCUUCUAGCCCGUCUGAACGAACGGUACCACGCUGAGGAACGAACCGACUGAAGUUCCUUUGGCCGACCACAUCGUUUUCUACUGUUCAGCGCGCCAAGAUCUUCCUCCACAAAUUUUCCUGUCAAAUUCACAGGUGACGUAUUUAGAUCCCGUGAAUGUACAUAAUUCCGAACAUCAGUGAUGAUUUCCAACUUGUCCCCGUUCUUAUUUCUCUUCUCCCAUGUGAAUUGUUUCUCACUGUGGCAAAAUCCAUAGCGCUCCCAUGUUUCGAUGCAGUCGAAAAACCGCGAGUACGUCAGUCCACACACUGUAUGCUUUGCUUUCCAGUUAGUUUUCCUCUCCCCAGUUCGUAAAACUGAAUCUGGCUGACAAAACUAUUUGUUCUUGUGUGCGACGCCCCUCUUACUAUCCGCCUGCUUUACGACCGGUCCGGGAUUCUGUUUUAUCUCCUGAACUGUAUGUAGCCCUAUGGAGCAUCCGGUUUCACAUGCGCAGGCCUUCAUUUUGUGGCAUCCCAACCCAUCCACAAACUGGCCCACCCAUUUCUGUUUGUAUUUGUUGGCAUUUUGUACAAGAAACAAAGUGAAAGUGGCUUGUUUUUUUGGCAGUCACCUAGACAGAAA